GGUGGUGGUGGUGGAGGAGGAGGUGGAGGAGGUGGAGGUUGAGGAUGGGGACGCUGCGGGAUUUACAAUAUGCCUUGCAAGAGAAGAUCGAGGAGCUGAGGCAGCGGGAUGCCCUCAUCGACGAGCUGGAGCUGGAGCUGGACCAGAAAGACGAACUGAUCCAGAAGCUGCAGAACGAACUGGACAAGUACCGCUCCGUGAUCCGGCCCGCCACCCAACAGGCGCACCAGCAAGGCACCAACACUUUGCAAGGCGAGCAGAGGACCAAGAGGCAGGCCAUUUCAGCCGAGCCCACCGCUUUUGACAUCCAGGACCUCAGCCAUGUCACCCUGCCUUUCUACCCCAAGAGCCCACAGUCAAAGGAUCUAAUUAAGGAAGCUAUCCUUGACAAUGACUUCAUGAAGAAUCUAGAACUGUCUCAGAUCCAGGAGAUUGUGGAUUGUAUGUAUCCAGUGGAAUAUGGAAAAGACAGCUGCAUCAUCAAAGAGGGAGAUGUGGGCUCACUGGUAUAUGUCAUGGAAGAUGGAAAGGUUGAGGUGACAAAGGAAGGUGUAAAACUGUGCACCAUGGGGCCUGGCAAAGUAUUUGGGGAACUCGCCAUCCUUUACAACUGCACCCGGACAGCUACCGUCAAAACUCUCGUAAAUGUGAAACUUUGGGCUAUUGAUCGGCAAUGUUUUCAAACAAUAAUGAUGAGGACUGGCCUCAUCAAGCAUACAGAGUAUAUGGAAUUUUUAAAAAGCGUUCCAACUUUCCAGAGCCUCUCUGAAGAGAUCCUCAGUAAGCUUGCUGAUGUCCUUGAAGAGACGCACUAUGAAAAUGGAGAGUACAUUAUCAGGCAAGGUGCUCGAGGCGACACUUUCUUCAUAAUCAGCAAAGGCAAGGUAAACGUUACCCGUGAAGAUUUGCCUGGGGAAGAUCCAAUCUUUCUCCGUACUUUAGGAAAAGGAGACUGGUUUGGAGAAAAGGCCCUCCAGGGGGAAGAUGUCAGGACGGCCAAUGUCAUUGCUGCAGAAGCUGUAAUGUGUCUUGUUAUCGACAGAGACUCAUUCAAACAUUUGAUUGGAGGCCUGGAUGAUGUUUCCAAUAAAGCAUAUGAGGAUGCUGAAGCAAAAGCAAAAUACGAAGCCGAAGCUGCCUUCUUCGCCAACCUGAAACUGUCUGACUUCAACAUCAUUGACACCCUUGGAGUUGGAGGUUUUGGAAGAGUUGAGCUGGUCCAGUUGAAAAGUGAAGAAUCAAAAACAUUUGCAAUGAAGAUUCUAAAGAAGCGCCACAUAGUGGACACAAGACAGCAGGAGCACAUACGCUCAGAAAAGCAGAUCAUGCAAGGGGCUCACUCAGAUUUCAUUGUGAGGCUAUACAGAACAUUCAAGGACAGCAAGUAUUUAUACAUGUUGAUGGAAGCUUGUUUAGGUGGAGAGCUUUGGACAAUUCUCAGGGACAGCAGAGGUUCAUUUGAAGAUUCUACAACCAGAUUUUAUACAGCAUGUGUGGUAGAAGCUUUUGCCUAUCUGCAUUCCAAAGGAAUCAUUUAUAGGGACCUCAAGCCAGAAAACCUCAUCCUAGAUCAUCGAGGUUAUGCCAAACUGGUCGAUUUUGGCUUUGCAAAAAAAAUAGGAUUUGGAAAGAAAACAUGGACUUUUUGUGGAACUCCAGAGUAUGUAGCCCCAGAGAUCAUCCUGAACAAAGGUCAUGACAUUUCAGCAGACUACUGGUCACUGGGAAUCUUAAUGUAUGAGCUCCUGACUGGCAGUCCACCUUUCUCAGGCCCAGACCCCAUGAAAACCUAUAACAUCAUAUUAAGGGGGAUUGACAUGAUUGAAUUUCCAAAGAAGAUUGCCAAAAAUGCUGCUAACCUAAUUAAAAAACUAUGCAGGGAUAACCCAUCUGAAAGAUUAGGGAACUUGAAAAAUGGAGUAAAGGAUAUUCAAAAGCACAAGUGGUUUGAAGGCUUUAACUGGGAAGGUUUAAGAAAAGGUACAUUGACACCUCCUAUAAUACCAAGUGUUGCAUCUCCCACAGAUACAAGCAAUUUUGAUAGCUUCCCUGAAGACAAUGAUGAACCACCACCUGACGACAACUCAGGAUGGGACAUAGACUUUUAAUGGAUUUAUCUUACCUGCUUCUGCCUUGCUGAAGACAGCUUCCUGAGACAUGGCUGCCAGCAGACCUGAAAGAAUUGGGAAGGAUUAGUGCUCGGGGUCACCAUGAUGCCUUGAUUGAUGCUGCUACAGUAACUACAGUGGCAUUAGGACUUAUUGCUUAGAUGACAAUAGUGCUCUUCACAUGUUUUCUGUUUGAACUUAACAUAGCAGUUGACAUGGUGGUCCUGAAGCAAAGCCUUUUUUCACCAGUAAAUAAAUGUGUUUUCUAUCACUGUAAUGAACUUGCUAUGCUCCAGUUGUAAUUUGAGAGUUUAUAGAGUAAGAUGCACAUAAUUCUAGCUGCAAGGUUGUUUUCUUUUUUGCUAAUUCCAUUCUGAAUUAUUAAGUACUGUAGCCUAUUCUACACUGUAGAAUCCGCAGUAUAGAAUCUGGGGUACUCCCAAAUGGCAAAGCGAGUGCAUUUGGGCCUCUUAAAAGGAGGCAAACACAUUAAACCAAGGAGGACCAUGAGCGAUUGGUCAAGGAGCUCAUGUCAGAGCAGUGCUAUAGGUUGUCUUUCUUUUCAAGCAGUAUUCAUGACAAGAAUGAAUGUUACCUUUUUCCAGUUUUAAUUUUUGAUGUGCUUUUUUCCUCAGACUGAUAACAAAAGCACAACUGCUACAGUUCCUGUUGAACUGUUAAGGCAGGUAUGGGUCGGUUGGUCCUCACAUGUUUCUGAGAACAUGAUAUAUCUAAUAGUUAAUUUUGUUGGUACAGCUACAUAAGAGCAUGUAGGAAAGUAAUCAUAAAACUACUCAUUUUACAUAUAUAUAUAAUAUAACUAUAUUAUACAAAAAAAGGAAAAAAAUGUUUAUAGAAAGGUCCUAGAAAGGAAAUGACAGCAGCCAACUGGUCUAAUAGGCAUUAACACUGAGCUUAAAAUAACAUUUACCUUUUAGAGCCCAUUAAGGGAACAUGCAAGACCCACUGCAUACUCUAUAGGUGCUAUGUACAUUUCUUAUCUGUGAAAUGACAACACAUCCACCAUCAUUUCAGGAAAAAAAAUAUGUAGCGAGAUACAUGAUUGUCAUUGAAAAUCUUAAACACAAAACAGUCCUUACAAAUCCAUUUUUGCAUCUCUUCCACAGCAUUGCUAUCAUUUUGUUUUGUUAUUUUACAGAUCUUAAUCCCACAGGGAUCUGGCUAUGUGUUUAAAGUAGCUCAGUUUUCCCCUUGAAGCAUAAUAAUAUAACUGUAAGUCCUAUCAAUCAGACUAAAAAUAAUGUGGGACAUAAAGCUGCUGAAGUGGAACACUUCAAAGUCCCAUUCAAUUCAAAGCAAAAUUUAAGCAGACACUUACAUCUCCCCUAUUGAAAUCAAUGGGACUUCAGAAUGCUCCACUUUGGCUAGAUUAUACUCAGAGGUUUGAAUCUUUUGAUAUAACAUUAGCACUCUGUUGGCAGUAAUAGAUUAUAAAAAUGUAAAGCAAUGAUAGCAAUCUCGGCGCAGACCUCCAUGAGUUUGUACGGCAACUACCCGCAACUGUGCACUUCAAAUGUACUUAAAUUUAUAUACAAAGUAUGCUAACUGCUAAAUCAAGCUUUUCUUGUACGGUGUAUACAGGCUCAUAAAAUCUAACAAUCCAAACUAGACAUAUCACUUAAUAUGAAAUGCCCCUAAAAAUAACCCCAUCUACCCACUUGUUUACAUUAUUCUUUCUGGCUACAGCAUUAUUACCAUGGUCUCACUAUCUACUUUCUUUUCCAAAGCUAAAUACCACAAUUUUCACCUCUGGUUUUUCACAUUAUGAGCUUAUGAACCCCUCUGAUACUUCUGUAUCCAAAUGUUCCCUAGCCUCUGCUUGCCUCUCUCAUCCUCGCCUCUCCUUCUCUUCUGCAUGCUGUAUCCUCCUGCAUAUUUUGGGCUACCACUCAAUUUGUGUAAUGGAGCUUGCCCUCUCGCCUGCAUUUCAAACCUGGUCACUGGACUACAAUAUGUGUUUGGAGCAAAGCUUGUCUAUGGCUGCAAAUGCACUGCCUGAUGAAUAUAAAUCACUACAUUGUUUUAUAAUAAUAUUGUUUAGGGCACAUAGUGCAAUUGUGUUGUCAGUAUUGUUUUGCCCAGUCAAGGUGUUUAGAUACGACCAAGUUUACGACCAAAAUACUACCAAUAAAUGCUUGCCCCCCUAAAAGGGUGGGGGAAUCUAAGGUUCUUAUAAAUUAUCAACUGCUUGGAUCAGUCUUUUCAGCUGUCCAAGGCAAUCAGGUUUCUAGUCUAGUGCAUUAGAAGAGAAAACCAACAGAAUUUAAGAGGUGAAAAAAGAGAAAACAAGAACCGGAGUUUUCUUUGCAGUCUCUAAAUCUCAAUCCUAGCAAAUAUCUUUGUGAAGACCUGUGGCCCAAUUUCCACCUCACUCCUGAUGGCCUAAAAUAUCUUAGUACUUUCUUCUUAAAAUAAUGUUUUUAUAUUAUGAAUGAAGGAAUCUACAGUGGUACAGUUAUGAUCAAACACUAACUAGGAACACAGAUGAUAAGAUAAGUCUAAAAAGCCAAUCCUAGGGAGUAGCACUCAGCUUUAGUGUACAUUUCAAUAGCAGGGGUCUUUGUGGUGGCACUAGAACAAAGUAGCAUCAUUUGGCACUAGUGGCACUACUACUACUAUAAAUAUUUAUAUACCACUUUUCAACAGAAGUUACCAAAGUGGUUUACAUAGAUAUUAAUAAACAAGCAAAUGAAAUGGCUCCCUGUCCCCAGAGGGCUCACAAUCUAGGCCUCAGAGCUUCCCAGCAACCCAACCGAUAGCAUGGGCAAAUCUUCUCUUUCUCUCUCUCACUCUCACGCACACACACUCUUCACUCUCCUACCUGGAAAUUCUCUGUAGAUUGCUGUGGCCAAAAUAAGAAGAUAAGUAAAAACUAUACCACUUUAAUGGACAGUGGGGAGAGCUAGACAGAUAUGUUCCAUUUUCCAAACACUGGGAAACCAGUGCUGUGCUGAACCUGAAGUUGCACAAGUAAUUUAAUACUGGCUUAUUAAACAUGUAUUACUUUUCCACAUGUGUUCAAAUAAGUGUAUAAAAGCUAUAAAGCAGCAGAGUUAAAAGUGUAAGUAAUGCAAAAAUUAGUAAGAAGGAAGCACUGCCACUGCUUAAGUCAAUCCAUAGAAUGAGGCAGGUGAAAUACAACUUCAUGGUGCACUAGAAAAUUAUUACAGAAGCCACAUUAGGUAGCCAUCAUGAAAAAGCUUCUGUGAAUCUGUGUCAUUCAAGAUCUAGUCAACCAUGGUCGUAAUCACUGUAUGGUUAGAUUUGGAAAAUAAUGGCUGACAUCCUGAUUAACGCUAUGUGUACAAGGGUCAUGGACACAUUUCCUCUGUAGCAAAGUGCUUCCAGAGCACAGGGAGAGUGUCUAUAAUAGUUGUGCUCUUGCAUGAGAGCACUUGUGCUUUAGAAGUGCAAAGAUUAGCAUUGCAAGCAUGCUGUUGGUAGAAGCAUGUAUGCAGCAUUAGUCAGGAUGUCAGCCAUUGAUCUUGUCCUCACAGACUGAGAUUUUAUAAUGGAUUGUUUUAGUGUGUCCAAAAGCAGGGGUUGGGCUGUAUAUUACCUAGUCAAAACUAACCAGAAGAUUUGCCUUGAAUUCAUCCUUUGCCAAAAAAAAACCCCACUGAAUUGCAUUGAUCUUUGCUUGAAAGUAGAAGAAAAUACAAAUCUCAUUUAUUCAGUUGGAACUAUCCCUGCUCAGUUUGGUCUGAUAAUUCUUCACAUUUGUGAGCCCACCUAUAGGUUGAACAGAACUUUGUAAAAAGAAAUAUAUAUAAUUGUCUAAUAAGUAAAUAUAUCAACAAUUUUCCAGAACAGUUAGUGUAGAGCCCUACAAUAUGGUUGGUUUCAUGCUUUUAAAAAAGAGACAUCAAUAUGAGAAGCACUGCAUCAUUUGAUCAUUUCUGCUGCUCAUAAGUCCUGGGUGGCACAGCAUUUGCUACAUCUGCCGAGACAGACUUGUUGGGCAGCAUCCAUACUAGUAGGUCAUGACUAAAUACCACUGAAAUGCAUGAGAUCAGUUAGUCAUGGCUAACUGAAGUCACAUUAAUUUCAAUGUGACUUAAUCAGAACUAAUGUAGUAUGGAUGAUACCCCUUCACUUACAAGUAACUUUAACACACUUGUUUAAUUCUAAGCGUACAAAGUAGUUAUUUAAAUGUUGUCUGAAGCAGACGUUCGAUUCUAGGGCUAAAACAAUACCAUCGUCUUUUUUGGUACAAAGUUACUUUGUUUCUCCAUUAAACAAUUGUAUUAAAUUAAGCAAUUUAAAAUUGUUUUCACAUUGGCGAGUGAUGUGCCCAGGCUAAGUGAUCUUAAAUGCAAAACUGUUCAUUUGAAUUAAUUGGCUUUUCCUGGUUAUAUACAUGAGAACAUGCUGUAUCAAGCCUAAAGAGCUCUUAUAAUAAUGGGUCAUCCAAAGCACUCCGCUGAAGAAGAGUCACCCACACAAAAUAUUUAUGCAAGGAAAGUUUCAAAAUAAAUUUGGUAUGAAUUAGUAUGCUUGUUUCCUUUAGUUUGGCCUUGAGCCACACUCAAUAAUAUAUGUUUGAGUGUGGUGUGCACUUAAUACAAAUUUAUUUUGUCAUAUGACUCACUUGCAUCUUCUUUACCAAAUGUAUUUUAAAUAACUUAAACUAGCAUAUGUAUAUUAGUGAACCCUGCAUUUAUAAGUAAUAUAUUUUAUUUACAUAUAUAAAAAUAUAUACAUAUUAUAUAUAUCACAAACACACACACACAAAUUCAUGUUUUUAUGUACUGUCUCUUACAGCUGGUCCACAUGUUACUCCCUCCAUUAAGAUAGCACCAAAAAGGGCACCUUGUGGUGAGUUUUCCAUCCUAGUUGCAACAUCAAGCAGUACUCAACAUGUGGACCUGUCAUUGGGUCAUUAGUUCCCAUUCCCAUUGUACAACAUUGAUGGCUGCAGGCAGGGACAGAAAGAUCAUCACAUUACAGCCCUGCUCUGCAUGGUGACUGCUGCCUUACUCUGCAGCUGGUAAUAAAAUGCACCAUGGGGGUACCAUUUUUGGCAGAAUCUGCACAACAAAAGUAGCAUGUGGUCCAUGAAUGGACCGUCCAUUUAUUAUUUAUGACUACAGUCAUAAGAUAAACUUACCGAUGAGUAAGACCUCUUCAUUUCAAUAGGUUUUACUCUCUAAUCAUGUUUUUGGGAUUGAGAACUUUGCUUCCCUUUAAGGUUCGGAACAAUGGUGUAUCUUCAUUAAAAGUAAUUUACUGUCAUAUUUAAGACACAUUUGUUAGAACUGGGUUCUAAAGGUACAGAUGAGCUGUAGCUUAUUACAGUGCUGCAUUACCCAUGGAAAAUUCUUAUUUAAUAAUAGGACCACAAGCAAAUAUUUAUGUAAAUAGAUAUUUUUCGUGUUGAUAUUUUGUGGUACACAUAUAUCUUUUUAUUUAGAACUUCAUGGCAUUAUUCUUAAUUUUCUUCUUUGUAAGGUAAUGUUUUUAGAUCAAAGUAGACUUGAAUUAAUGUCAUAAUUGUCAGUAUUACUGAAACUUAUGUCAACUGUACCGUUGUCCAUCUGUCCCAUAGUUUAGAACAUCAUCUAGUUAUUUGGCAUUGUUGCAAGUGCCUUAAAUUCAUGGCAUCCUAUUAAAAAAUACAAAUUUGGUGUUAUGCUGCAUGACAAAGACAAACACACCUCAAAAUGUUGUCCUUUCUUAGCUUGCUGCGUUUUACAGUUCUUUCGGCUAACAGUUUAUAAGCCUUUAUUAUAUAAUAUUGAUGAAUUACAGAAAUGAUGAAGUUGUUCUCUUAUUUCUGUUAUAAAUGUACCAGAGCUGUGUAUCUGUUAAUGAGAUACAGCGUCAUUUCUGUGAAAUGUAUAAAUGUAUGUGCAGGUCAAAUUAAUAUAUGACAUACUAUCAGUCUGUAUACAGGUAUUCCUGUUUUGCUAAGCUGUGCAAAUUUUAAAACUGUAGUGCAGUAAAAGUUCGAACAUAUCACAUUUUAUAAUAGACUCCAUUGCAAACACGUUCCAAUCAGACCAAAUUAGCAAAUUGACUGUAAAACUGAAACCAAACAAAAGCAUAUUCUUUUCAUCACAAAACCAAUGACUGCAAAAGGAGUGAUUCUUGUUGCACCACUGAACAAAACAGGACCAGUGCUUUCUAUGAGUUCUUGUAUAUGCAAACCAUUUCUGAGACGAGCUCUCAGCGCACCUAGAAAGCAAACCACUGAGAGUGUGUUCUUAGUCCUCUUCUUCUGUGAACGGUCCACUCCACAAAUAGACCACAGCACUGAGACAUUGAUGUUUCAGGCUUUAAUAGCAAAGGGAAUCUCAUUCAGAGUUGCCUACUACCAUACUUAUUCCAAGGUAUGCUGUUUUUACACUGAUGGUUUCCUUUAUAAGCUUCUGGCUAUUUUUCCUUUGGUUUUCUUCUUUCUAAGGAUCCUACAUGAAAGAGGGGGAUUUUUGUUUGUCCAAGAUACACUUUCAUCAAAUGGUCACUGACCAAUUGCACUCUUUUGAUGUAGACUGAAAAAAAAAACUUUUUAUCAUAAACUUAACUGCUUUUGUUUUGCUCUGUAUUUUCCCUGCAGCUGUAAUUGCCGAGUGCCUGUUGUAUACUUUAUAGAGUUGAAAUAAAAACAUACUUUUGAACA